UAGAUGCCAAAUAGAAUUUUCCUUGUCCAAUAUCCUUAAAUUAUUCCCCAUUACACCAACUGAUCAUCAACCAAAAACUCUCUCUCCUCUCAAAUGAAGAUUUACACUCCUCUCAAAUGGGUCCUUCUCUCUCUAGCCAUACUGAUCAUCUGUAGCCACUCCCAUGCAAGCCAAACACCUUUUAGAACUGAUCAUGAUUUUCACCUCCCAAACCAAACCCAUGAUCAUUUGGGGACCCAACCCACAAAAUCCAAACACACCCACGUGAAACUAACCCCUCCUGUUCUGAUUUCAGGGGUUCUCUGUUUCCUAGCUGCCGCCAUAUCUAAUGCCGGUGGGAUUGGUGGUGGCGGCCUGUUCAUAACCAUACUGACCCUAGUGGCUCGUUUGGAUCUCAAAACAGCUUCGAGUUUUUCAGCGUUUAUGGUCACAGGGGGGUCGAUUGCGAGUGUCAUGUACCACAUGAUCUCUUCCAGUCCAAAUUAUGGCACCAAGAGUUUAAUAGACCAUGAAAUAUGUUUUCUAUCAGAGCCAGUUAUGUUAUUAGGAGUAAGUAUUGGGGUGAUGUGCAAUGUUAUGUUUCCAGAAUGGCUUAUCACCGUACUGUGUUCAGCUUUUCUUGCUUGGUCUACAUUCAAGACGAUUAUGUGUGGGGUGGGGAAGUGGAAAUCGGAAACAGGGGAAAGGAAACAGAAAGGGUGGGGGGAAACGGAAAAUGGGUUGGUGGGAAUUGAUGGGAAUUGUGGUGGGAGUGGAGUGGAGAUCAACAAAGAGAGUGGUUUGAGUGGAAGCGUAGUAGGAUUGGAAAGCAGGCUGGUGGUGGGGCAGGAUGGAAAUUUUGGUGGAAAUGGAUUGGAGAUCAACAAAGAGAGUGGUUUGAGUGGAAAAUUAGUAGAAAGCUGCAAACAAGGGAUUCAAUGGAGGAAAUUGGGAGGGUUGAUGGUGAUCUGGUUCUCCUUCUUCGUUCUGCGUCUUUUGACUGGAAAUCGGUACGGACAGGGUAUAGCAUUAGUAAAGCCUUGUGAAGUGGGAUAUUGGAUUCUCUCAUCAAUGCAAAUUCCACUAGCUUUAUCCUUUACCACUUGGAUUUUGUACAAAAGAGGAAGCCUCCUACAUCAAACCUCCAACCACCAGGAAAAAGAAGACCAAACUAGAGGAGGACCAUCAAGGGAGUUCAUUUUCCCUGUAAUAGCUUUGCUAGCUGGGGUUCUUGGUGGAGUCUUUGGAAUUGGUGGUGGAAUGCUACUGAGCCCAUUUUUCCUUCAACUUGGAAUAGCACCAGAGGUGGCGGCAGCAACUUGUUCACUCCUGGUGUUGUUCUCAUCGUCCAUGUCAGCGAUUCAGUACUUCCUACUAGGCAUGGAUCAUCAGCACGUUUAUGGUGCCCUCACCUUGGCUUUCGUUUGUUUUUCGGCCUCACUAAUCGGAUUGAUGGUAGUCAAAAAGGCCAUCAAAACAUAUGGCAGGGCCUCUCUCAUUGUGUUCUCAGUUGCAAUUGUUAUAGCCCUGAGUACUGUUCUGAUUACUACCUUUGGAGCUCUGAAUGCUUGGAGAGAGUACAAAAGUGGGGGGUACAUGGGCUUCAAUCGGCCCUGUCAACAAGUGCGGAGCUAGUUGGUGGGGGCGGCAGCGUGACGCAGGUUAUGCCGAGUUGAGUUUUGUUCACCCUCAACUUAAGAGGGUGAACAUUACCCUCUUUUCUAUUGAUUGAAAUGAUGUGGACUCCACUACAAAGUGAUGUCGUGCUUACCAAAAAAAGUAUUGCAUGGUAAGCAUGACAUCAUUUUGUGGUGGAGUCCACACCAUUCAACCAACGAGAGAGAGUGUAAUGUUCACCCUCUUUUAAGGAGGGUGAACAAAAUUGCACUCGGUUUUGCCUGGUUUCCUAGUUAGCUUUAUGUUACAGUACUAAUGGAUUAGGCCUCUCUCAUUGUGUUCUCAGUUGCAAUUGUGAUAGCAACUAAUGAUAGUAGGAGGUAGCAACCAAAUGAUAGGGAUUAUAUGAAUCUGUCAUUGAUGCUCUGCUAGGUCAAGUACACUAUCCAAUCCAUCGGAAUUUUAAAGGUGCCACUUCUUAGAGGCAAUUGACUUGUGCCCAUGACUGGCAUCGGCUUUUCAACGGGGGCAAUUCACCUAUGCCCUGUCGGCAAUUAUAGGGCUGUUUUGGCUUAUAUACGGAUUAUCCAUUUAAAGAAUUCAUAUCUUCUUUU